GCCAUAAAUAUGAAAACAGAGGACAUAGACAGAUAUAAAUUAAAAUAAUGUAUUUUUGGUAAAAUAUACGAAUACUGUAAUACAGAUCUAACGAAAUAGUGUGGAGUAAAAGCUGGGGAUCACUUCUGAAUUCCCGGGGAAAAAAAAAUGUCGGUUUCACUUUGCUAAUUAUCUAAUUCAUUUUCCCGGAAAGUUACAAAGGCAUUUCUUUUGAUUCCUCUUGAAAGUCACAGAAACAUAAGAGUCGAAGCAAAAAGGCUGGAGCUUUGCUUCUUUUUUUUUUUAUUUUGUGUUCCUCGAAUCAUGAUCUUGACUUUCUGAGUAAGAUUAUUCUAAUAGAGUGCUGCUGAGAAAAUGAUGGCUCUGAUGAAUUGUGCUUCUUCAUCUUUUUCUUCCUCUUCAACUUCCUCACCCACUUCUUCUUCUUCUUCGUCUUCAUAUUCUCCGAGAGAGAAGAACAUGGUUUUGCAGAGUGUGGUUGAUCAUGAUGUGUCAUCUCCAAGUUUCUCUUCCGACAGCAAACUUAUUUUACCAAUUGAGAAGACUUUAAUAACCCACAAAAACUCCAAUCUCUGCCUCAUCUCCAAGUCUUCAGAAGAAUUGAAGAAGGAGAUUGCAUCUAUCGAGUUAGAGAUUCUUCACAUGGAACGAUAUUUAUUAUCUCUCUACAGAAAAUCUUUCGAACAGCAGAUUUCUUCUUUCUAUAAUCUCUCAUCUACAACCUUACCUCGUUCACUGACUACUUCACCAUCAUCACUAGCUCUUUCAAAUCAUUAUCAAGCUUACCAAAAACCUAUUUCGUAUCCUCGAAGUUUCCACACUAGUUUAAAAGCCUUAUCUUCAAGGGAAGGGACUAAAGAAGUGUCUGGUAAUAAGAGUCUUGGAGAGCUUCUAGGAUCAUCUCAUAUAGUUGAUGAUCCCAACUUCAUAAACCCUAAUAAACUCUCUGAAGAUAUCAUGAGAUGCAUAUCUUCUGUAUAUUGUACACUUUCAAGAAGCUCAACAACAAGAAGGAACUCUGCUUGCUUCUCUGCUUCUCCGCUUUCGUCAGUGUCGAAUUCAUCAACCAUUUUCUCUUCCAAAUCCAAUCAUGACGAUAAAUGGAGCCUGCAUUGCGCAAGUGAGGAUCAUUUGAUGAAUCAUAGUCAAGAUCAAGGCAGUGUUUUGCCUUGUGGUGCUGUUGUAGUCGAGGCUCUUAGAGUUUACUUAGAUGAUGGUAGUUUCGGUUACGCUGCUCGUUUGCUGCAAAACUUCAGAUCAUUGGUUCAAAAUCUUGAGAAAGUUGAUCCAAGUAGAAUGAAACGGGAAGAAAAGCUUGCGUUUUGGAUUAACAUUCAUAAUGCUCUUGUCAUGCAUUUACUCCAGACGCUGUUUUCGCCUUCAAGAAAGUCCAAAACUUGCAGUGUUAGGCACGUUUACGCAUUGGAGUACCCCGAGGCUUUAGCUCAUUUCGCUAUUUCUUCAGGAGCAUUCACAGAUCCUACGGUUCGGGUUUACACCGCGGAUAGAAUAUUUCGGGAUCUAAGACAAGCGAAGAAAGAGUUUAUCAGAAGUAAUGUUCGUGUUCACAAAGGAACAAAGCUUUUGUUGCCAAAGGUGUUUCAACAUUACGUUAAAGACAUGUCAAUGGAUGUGUCUAAGCUCAUGGAAGCAACAGCUGAGUGUUUACCAGAGGAUGCGAGGAGGAUCGCUGAGAAAUGUUUGAAGGAGAAAAAGAGUAAGAAUUUUGAAUGGUUGCCGGAAAAUUUGAGUUUCCGAUUGAAAUUAUUCUAUCCAUUGGCACUUCACUCAAUCUCUAAUCAGAGGAAGACGACGGUUAAUAUGGAGCAACUGGAGAAGUCCGUGGAGGAGAACCCAGACGACCCUUCUCUGCAAUUCGAACUUGGUUUGUAUCUGUGGGAUAAUGGUGGAGAUUCCGAGAAAGCGGCGGAGCAUUUUGUGCUGUCGGCGAAGUUAAACCCGAACAAUGCGGCGGCGUUCAAGUAUUUAGGGCAUUACUACUCGCGUGUGACGCUCGAUCACAAUCGAGCUGCAAAGUGUUACCAGAGAGCGGUGUUGCUAGACCCCAAUGAUUCUGAUUCAGGAGAAGCUCUGUGCGACUUAUUUGACAGACAAGGGAAAGAGAUCUUGGAGAUUGCGGUUUGCCGUGACGCUUCAGAGAAGUCUCCCAAGGCUUUCUGGGCAUUUUGCAGACUGGGUUACAUUCAGCUUCAUCAGAAGAAGUGGUCUGAAGCUGUUCAGAGCCUUCAACAUGCAAUUAGAGGUUAUCCUACCAUGUCUGACUUGUGGGAAGCUCUGGGCCUGGCUUACCAGCGACUUGGAAUGUUUACUGCUGCUAUCAAGGCGUAUGGCCGUGCCAUUGAAUUAGAUGAGAACAAGAUUUUUGCAUUAGUGGAGAGUGCAAACAUCUUUUUGAUGCUUGGUUCAUAUAGAAAGGGUGUGGAGCUCUUUGAGCAAGCGCUGAAGAUUUCACCUCAGAAUGUUUCUGUGCUCUAUGGUCUUGCUUCUGGAUUGCUUAGUUGGUCAAAGGAGUGCAUAAAUUUGGGCGCAUUUGGAUGGGCAGCUUCGUUAUUGGAGGAUGCUCGUAAAGCUGCAAAAGCAAAUAGUGAGCUGGCCAGCAACAUGUCCUGUAUAUGGAAAUUGCAUGGAGAUAUUCAGCUUACGUAUGCAAGAUGCUUUCCGUGGUCUGGUGAAAUUGGAAACUCAGAAUUCACUUUAAAGACAUUUAACGAUUCGAUCCUUUCUUGGAGAAGCAUCUGUUACUCAGCUGCAUUGAAGCUACCAGAAAAGAUGGCUCUGGGAGCGUUAUUGUUGGAAAGCGACAACUCGGAGUUCUGGGUUACUUUGGGUUGUAUGUCUGAUAAUAGUGCUUUGAAACUACAUGCGUUGAUCCGGGCAUUGCAUUUGGAUGUAUCUUUAGCCGUUGCUUGGGCUUUUAUGGGCCAGGUCUUCAGGGAGUCGGAUGAAAUGAAACUGGCAAAGCUGGCUUUUGAUUCUGCUAGAAGCAUAGAUCCUACACUUGCGCUACCUUGGGCCGGAUCAGCUGAUACUUAUGCUAGGGAGUCAACAUCAGACGAGGCUUUUGAGAGUUGUCUACGAGCUGCUCAGAUAUCACCGCUUGCGGAGUUCCAGGUUGGUUUGGCAUGGCUUGCUUUGUUGCAGGGAGAUAUUUCAUCUCCGCAGAUUUUUGCUUGCAUUGAGCAGGCGGUGCAGCGCUCCCCUGAUAACCCAGAAUCCCAUAAUCUCCAUGGGCUAGUUUGCGAGGCACGACGUAGUUAUCAUACUGCCAUUGCUUCUUACAAGCUAGCACUAGCUGCAAUGAGUGUUUGCCCUGACAAUUCAGUGAAAUCUCAUGCUGGAAAAAUAUCUAUUAACUUGGUCAGGUCGCUCAGCAAGGCAGGACGAUUCAAAGAAUCUGUUAUGGAAUGCGCAAAUUUGAAGUCAAAAGGUUUGCUUGAUGCCGGAGGUUUGCAAAUAUAUGCUUUCUCUCUGUGGAAGAUUGGUGAUAAUGAUUCGGCUCUCUCAGUGAUCCGUGAUCUGGCUGGUAGGAUUUCCACCAUGGAAAAAGCCUCAAUAGCCUUCCCAAUCAGCUUCAUCUGUAGUCUUCUUUAUUGCAUAUCUGGGUUAGACUCUGCUAUCACCAGCAUCCAGAAGAUGCCAAAGGAUUUCUUCCAGAGUUCGAGAAUCAGCUUUAUAGUAUCUGCCAUCCAUUCUCUUGAUCAGAGUGAUAGACUUCAGUCUAUUGUUGCGAGCACUCGUAGCUUCAUAACAUCACAAGAAGAAAUAGCUGCAAUGCACUAUUUGAUAGCACUCAGCAAAUUGCUGAAAACUGGAGAAGGAGAUUUACUUGGGUUUGAGAAGGGGAUUGCUCACCUCAGAAAAGCUCUUCAUAUGUACCCUCAUAGUAAUUUGUUAAGGAACCUGCUUGGAUAUAUCUUGUUAGCUGGUGAAGGAACAAAAGAUGCCUCUACUGCUAGUAGAUGCUGUAUUAUAAAUGUCUCUGAGUAUGGAAAUAAAGAAGGUUUGAAGUCCGCACUGGAGGUUCUUGGUGGAGGAUCGGUUGCUUGCAAUGCAAUUGGUAAUGCAGCUCCAAGGUUCUCAUUCCCGACAUGCCAUUGUCAGUGUCUGAAUGCUCCUGUUGUUGUUGUGGAACUGCAGAGAUUCUUGCAUCAAGAACCUUGGAACAGCGAUGUAAGAUACUUGCUUAUUCUGAAUCUCGUGCAGAAGGCCCGUGAACAGAGGUUUCCUCGCCAGCUUUGUAGUGCUAUUGAGCGUCUAAUCUCUGUGGCACUCUCUGAUGAGACAUGUUCGAAGGAAGGCGAAUAUCAAAAGUUCCAGCUUUUGCUUUGUGCUUCAGAGAUCAGUUUGCAGAAGGGAAAUGUAGCAGAGUCCAUUGACCAUGCUCGAAAGGCUUCUUCCAUUUCGCUUCCAUGUAGCUACCUAUUUCUAGGACAUUUGCAACUUUGCCGCGCCUAUGCAGCAAAAGGGAGCACAAGAAACGUGCAAGAGGAGUACAGAGCGUGCUUGGAGCUCAAGACUGACUCAAAUAUCGGCUGGAUCUGCCUGAAGCUCAUAGAAACUCAGUUUGAUCUGGAACCUGAUACGAACCUUUUAGAGAUGAGCAUACAAGAAAGCUCGAGACAGAAGAAGGAUUCAUGGAAAGAGUGGAUGGCUGUAUACAGUUCAGCACUUGGCUUAGUUUCUAUCGGGAAGAAAGACUUUUUCUCAGCAGAGGAGUUCAUUGCACAAGCUUGUUCGUUGGGUAAUUCAGAGAGCUGUCUACUUCUCUGCCAUGGUGCUGUCUGCAUGGAGCUGGCUAGACAGUUUAAUGACUCUCAGUUCCUCUCACAAGCUGUAAAGAGUUUAAGCAAAGUUCAAGCGAGCGCCUUGUUUCCUUUGCCUAUCGUGUAUACAUUAUUAGCUCAAGCACAUGGAAGCCUUGGCUCUAAAGAGAAAUGGGAGAAGAAUCUUCGUCUUGAAUGGUUCUGCUGGCCACCAGAGAUGAGACCUGCAGAAGUUUACUUCCAGAUGCAUAUACUUGCAAGACAAUCAGAAAACAGACCUGAAACUGCUUCAGGGAUUGAAAACUGUCAAACCCCUGAGAAAUGGGUUCUUAGGGCGAUUCACACUAACCCUUCUUGUAUGAGAUAUUGGAACGUCUUGCCUAAGCUUGUUGAAAUUCCCAUUUGCUAAGAACUAAAAGUUGAAAUCCAAUUCCAGAACAAGAAGAUGAGAGCAAAACAGUGGAAUAUGAUUCAUGUACAUCGAAACUACAUGCAGUUGUUCUUUUUUUCCUUUUUAAAUGAGAAAUUAAAGCUAGACUUGCACAUGCGCUGCUUUCUUGAUUUGCGUACGAAACAAACAAAUAAGAGAGGACUUGUUAUUGCUUGCAAAGUCAUAUUUACAGCAAAUUGUUGUCCCAAGUAAAACAAAAAAUAUAAAUAAAAAAGACGAAACAAACAAUAAAGCCACAACAACAAUGGAUGGGCUGAUUCUUAUUAACGCAUCAUCAUAAGAGCAAAUUCAUCAAAACUUAAAACUCCAUCAGCAUUGAGAUCAAAAGCUUUGAUCAUGACUAUGCAAUCAUCGGUGGUUCUUGACUCGCCAAGCUUCAUUAGCAUCAUCUUCAAGCUUCUCGGGGUAAUACAAUCUUCUCCUUCAGCAAUAUACAUUCUAAACGCUUCCAUUAUCUUGCUCUUCUUAUCUUCCUCUGUAGAUUCGUCACUCCCUUUGAUUAGCUGAGCAAACUCCUCAAAAUCCAACAUUCCAUCUCCGUCCAUAUCAGACAGUUUAAUCGCUGCUUCGGCUUCUUCAUCCGACACUUGCUCUCCCAAUGUCUUGAAACUCUUCUUAAGCUCCUCUGCAGAGAUUCUACCGUCUCUGUUUGCAUCCAUGUAAGCAAAUACAGCUUCCAAGUCUCUGUUCUUGUCCUCACCGUUCCUGUCUGAAGACAAUUGUUCGCAGAGUUUCAUGAAAGAUGAAGAUAACUGACGUUGAGUAGUCUUCAUGAGUAUAAUUGUUUUUUGGUUUUUGUUUAGAGUGUAUUCUACAAGUUUUCUUCUUUUUUUUUUGAUUUAGGAGUUGAAUGAGAAAAUGGUCUGAAGGGUUUCUACAUAUAUAUAGGUGUGUUUCAAGUCAAGAAUAGAAUAAGACUUGUUUAAAAACAGAAAUUAAAACGCAUCAAACGUGGGAGAUUCAAGAUUAGUCGAUAGAUCUAGAAGUAGAAAAAUAUUAUUAGUCCUUCAGAUCUAGAAGAAAACGUAUUAUUAGUUUUUAGAUCUAGUAAAAGAAAGACUUAGUACAUAUAUAUUUAGUUG